AUGUCCUCCAGCAGUUUUCCAAAGCCACUCACCCCACGACCGAAGACAAAGUCGAAUGUCCCAGCAGCAGGCCGGCAAAAUGCCAAAAAGGCUCCGAUUGCUAAAACUCCCGGCAAACCCAACACUAGUAUCCUGAGCUUUUUUAAGAAAGUCGAUUCCCCGCUGAAGGACGAUUCGAUUUUCCUCUCUCAAGGAUCACAAGUCCACGAUACUCCUUCGAGGCCGAAGCCUAUUGUUGGUAUAGAUGAGGAUUUGGAGGGUAUAUAUUGUGAUGAAGAUAUUGGGAGAUUCAAUGAAGCUGCGGGUUCGAUAAAAAGGCGGAAAACGUCGAGCCAUAGCAUACCAGAGGGAUCAGUGGUCGUUGCAGGAGAGGGCAGGUCGCCAGUGGCCACUAUUGAUGGCCACGGUGGUGCGGAGAUUGCAACUUCAAACGGUGCCGAUACCCCACCUCUAGUUCAAGCAGUGACGACCAAGCCAAAAAGACCCAGACGCAAAGGCCCCUUUCUCUCAGACUCGGAAAGCGACGAUGAAAACAGCAAUAAAGUUGGCAAUAUUAGUGGUAUAGAGGCAGGGAGCAAAUCCACUCUGCCUUCAUCCCUUCCGGCAGAAUCAGCUAAUCAGUAUCCAUGGAAACGGCGAAAAAAGGUGCCAGUGGCAGCCGCGCAAGCAAAGUGGGAAGCAUUACAGCCAAAUAGUACCAGCUCGUCCAGUGAUUCGGACGAAGCUGCAUAUUCAAGGGACCAGAAAAACAUCAAACAGUCAAGGCAGCCACCUACCAAUGCUCUGGCCUUGGCCGCUAUACCGAGCUUGAAUAAAGAAGCCACGAGUGGCGAUGACUGGAACGAAUUUAAUGACAUGGAAGAGCUCCCUGAUGAUGUUGAUGAGUUUAUUCACGGGGAAGAGUCCAUCGAGAGACGUUGGAUGGAGGAGGAGGCUAGGCGAGCUGCCGCCGAGGACGAGGAGGAGUUCAACGGCUUUGAUGACGAGAUUACGUCCCAGAAGGCUUCCGAGGAAGAGAUUAUAGCAGCCUGCCCCAUCUGCAAUGCCACCCUCGAGGGCAUUAACUCCGAGGACGUUACUAGACACGUCAAUGCGUGUCUAGAUGGCAACCUACUGCCGCUGCCGGUCUCAAUCGGAAAAAUCCCUUCGGAAGUGAAGAUUAUGCCUGAAGGCGCCCACAACCGCUUUGCACGAAAAGCAGCUAUAGCAAGACCAGGCCAAGCAAAUCCGUUCGAAAUUGGGUCGGCAAGUGCCGCUCCAUCGUCCGCUUUCUCGAAGCUUAUGGCAGGCCAUGCGGAAGAUGAGGCAUGGACCAUUGCUGCUACUGCCGAACAAACAUCGAGAGGAAAGCCCGCAUAUAAGAGGACUUGCCCUUUCUAUAAGAUUAUGCCUGGAUUAUUUAUAUGCGUUGACGCUUUUCGCUAUGGUGCUGUUCAAGGGUGCAAAGCAUAUUUCUUAAGCCAUUUUCAUAGUGACCACUAUGUCGGACUCACGUCUUCGUGGUGUCACGGGCCAAUAUACUGCAGCAAAGUAACGGCAAAUCUAGUCAAACAGCAACUACGGGUUGACCCAAAGUGGGUGGUAGCACUAGAGUUCGAGGAGAGAUUCGAAGUGCCUGAAACCCAGGGGGUAGCCGUCACUAUGAUUCCUGCCAACCACUGCCCUGGCAGCUCUCUAUUCUUAUACGAGAAGGUUCUUGGAAAAGGCAAUAACCCCAAGGUUCAGCGAAUUCUCCAUUGCGGCGACUUUCGCGCUUGUGCAGCACACGUGGGUCACCCGCUCCUCAUGCCUAAUGUUGUCGACUCGAUCUCCGGGAAGCUGAAACAACAGAAGAUAGAUGUCUGCUAUCUGGACACUACCUAUCUCAACCCACGCUAUUCCUUCCCAUCCCAGGAUGAAGUCGUCACAGCUUGUACAGAUAUGUGUGUAUCUCUCACCAAAGACUGUGCCGAAGAAAGCGAUGUCUGGGAGACGGCUAAACGCGAGCGUGCCGGGCCAAGCAUGGCGAAGUUUGUCAAUUCAGUACCAGACAUAAAAGCCGAAGACGAUAGUAUGGUGAUGGAUUCUAGGACUAGUAAGAGCGGUAAAUCUCGUGGCCGACUUCUCAUUGUAUGUGGCACAUAUAGUAUCGGCAAAGAGAAAAUAUGCAUGGGAAUUGCUCGGGCACUAGACUGCAAGAUAUGGGCUCCACCAGGCAAGCUGCGGAUAUGUGCCGCGCUGGAAGACCCAGAGCUGAUGGGCCGCAUGACGGAUGAUCCCAAGGAGGCGCAGAUCCACAUGCAAAUGUUGAUGGAGCUUAGACCUGAGACGUUGCAGGACUAUCUCAACCUCCACAAGCCGCACUUCGGCCGUAUCGUCGGGUUCCGACCAAGUGGGUGGAAUUACAGACCUCCGAAAUCGAGACUCACCGACUCCCCCACCGUCCCUGCAAUCAUCAACUCUCCAAACUGGAGAUCAGCCUACACCCUUCAAGAUCUCGUCCCACAGCGCGGCAGCACGCGCGAAGCGUCCUGUUUCAGCGUGCCGUAUAGCGAGCACUCGAGCUUCCGAGAACUGACACUGUUUGUGUGCGCGUUGAGGAUCGAGAAGGUCGUCCCGACCGUUAACGUGGGGAGUGCUCCGACUCGGGCGAAGAUGAAAAUGUGGAUUGAUCGAUGGCUUGCGGAGCGGCGGAAGAAUGGAUGUUUAAAAGUGGGAGAUGGGCAGGGAGAGGUGCGAUGGUAG